AUGUCUGUCAACGCGACAGGAAGGUGCUUGGUGUGCUACGCCGAGACUAAGAACCGGUGCUCGAAGUGUAAGAGAGCGGGUGUGGACCUCUUCUUCUGCUCGCCGGAACACCAGAAGCUCGCCUGGCCUGGUCAUCGCAUCUUCUGCGGACCGAACGCUUUCCCGCUUCUCUUCCCUUACUUUACCGACGCAGAGCUCGAGGACCUGUUCACCAAGCUUGAGCAACCUAGCUUCGGCGAAGACGGAAGGACCACGCUGUUGGCCAGCCUGCAGAAGUCGUGGUCGUGGAAUCUGAAGCUCGAAGAGGUGAAGAGCUUGCUGCGACGCUGCACGCUCACCGCCAAAGAUCGCGAGCCUCUGGACUCGAGCUGGGCACAGUUCUUCCUUUCCGCCUUUCGUGCCGUGCCUGACGAAGGCAAGAUUGCUACCGCCUAUCUCCUAUGGGCACUGGCAACAUGGGUCAAGACGCUGUUGAGGGCGGACAACGUCUCCUUCCCACAGCUCACAGGAGACAGAACAUGGCCCGAGACCGAGAUCCUGCAUCGCGCUCUGGCGAUCGAGACUAUCAUCAAUCACUCUAAUGCAGGCGACUCCCAUGCAGAGGAGGAGGCGUACUAUGAGUCGAACUUGAUCACCGCCAACCUGGCGCUGCAGGCGUACCUGAAGGACGCUUUCCCGACGGAACGCGCCGCCGCUUUCCACCGAGCCCUUGCCCAGCGCUUCUUGUGGGACGUGAUGCGGAAGUUCGGAGGAGGAGGUGUCGCCACGGGUUGA